AUGACAACUCGAGACUUGUUAUCAUUAUUAAAUAUCACUUCACAUCAUCAUCAUCAUCAACAAUCUUCAUAUGCAACAAAUAAUGAUUCAAAUGAUAAACAAUCUCAAUUCAAUCAAUGGGGUUUUAAACAAGUUAAAAGUGGAAUGGCACAAAAGAAACAUGAAAACCUAACACUUGAAAGAAAUAAACAAAGAAAGGAACUAGUUGGAGAACAAAUUAAAAUGUUUUUGCAACAACAGCAGCAGCAACAACAACAACAACAACAAACAAAAGAAAAUGUUACUGAAGAUACGACUGCUGCUGCUGCAGCUCAACCAAAAUCAUCAUUUCCACAAAUACCAACAUCAACACCAAAGAAUACAUUUGCCAAUUUUAUGAAGAUGUCAAUGGGAUCAUCAAUCAAGAUACCAAAUAUGCCAACCUUUCAACAACAGCAACAACAACAACAACAACCACCACAAUCACCACAAUUGGAUAUGAAAUCAUUCCAAAUGAAACAAACAUUUCAAACAAGACAACCAUCAGCCAAUGAUUUAUUACAUCAAAAGAAACAACAACAAUUCCAACAAUUGAUGCAAUUACAAAAGAAAAAUGAUAUUUUGAAAGAGUUUAAUCUUCCACCACCACAACUAAUGCAAGUAGAGACUGUGCAAAAGACAAAAUAUGUAUUUAAACAAGACCCAAGAGAAAAAGAUGAAAUAGAGAGUCAAAACGAUUUUGAACGCGACCCCAACGAAGAAGACGAAGAGGAAGAUGAAGACGAGGAUGGAGAGGAAAUGGACGAAGAAGACAUUGAAAUGGAAAAAUACUUUGAUGGCGUGGAUGGUGGAGAGACCAUGUCGAUCGAUCGAAAGGUACAAGCUUUCAAAGAACACAAAGAAGCCAUCAAAAAGAAACAAGAGGAAAGACAACGACGUCAAGACCUACGUCUCCAACAAAUCCAAUCAUACGUACCACAAAAAAGAAAAAUUCAGAUACCUAUCAUUCCCUCGCCGAAGGGGUUGUCUGGCUUGCUUCAAAUCUCGACCAUUGACAUUAUCAAAUGGAUGAUUCGUAUGGGCGAGCGUCCAAUGCGAUCAGAUGUCAUUCUAAAAAAGGAAAUUGUCGAAUUACUCGCGCAAGAGUAUGACUUUGAGCCACAGUGGCCUGCCGAUCGUGACGAUCUCGAUCUCAAGAGCCGACCACGUACAUCUGACCCGUCGUGGCCGUACCGUGCACCCGUCGUGACCAUCGUCGGACACAUUGAUCACGGAAAGACAAUGGCGCUCAACAAGAUUGACAAGCCAGGCGUCGACAAGGAGCUGGCCAAGCGCCAACUCCUCGAGAAUGGCGUCUUGUUGGACGGCAUGGGCGGCGAUAUCCCCUUUGUCGAAAUAUCGGCACUCACCGGCCAGGGUAUUGACCAGCUCGAAGAGACCAUUGUCUUCCUCAGCAAAUACCUCGAGUUGCGUGCACCACGUGACGUCCCUGCCGAGUGUGUCGUCAUUGAGAGCACGUUUAUCCCCAAGCGUGGUGUCGCUGCGACCGUCCUCGUCAAGGCUGGUACACUCAAGGUUGGCGAUUUCUUUGUAUGUGGAACGAGUUAUGGAAAGGUUCGUGAAUUAAAGAAUCAUGUUGGAUCGUCGGUCCAAUCGGCGCUACCAUCGGUGCCAGUCGAUGUGGUCGGUUUCAAGGAAACCCCUCCCUCUCCAGGCGACGAGUUGAUUGUGGUAGAGUCUGAAGCACGUGCACGAGAGGUUAUCGAGAUUCGUGCCGAGAAGUUGUCCAACCAAUUGACGCUCGAGACGUCGAUGCAGUCCAAUACCGACGCACCAGGAGGUGCACCCAAAAAACUAGGUCGUUUCAAGAAAUACAAGGAAAAGGAAGUGGAUGAUGAAGACCUCAAGGAAGAGUUGCGUGAACGUAUCCUGACGAAAAGACGGUUCAGGAAAAGGUGGCCGAGCACAAAAUGGCCAAUCUCAUUGUAA